CAUUUCAGUGUUGGAUAGCAAGUGAGCUGAAGCAGCGCGCAUCAAUACGACAGCGUCACUUAAACAUUUCGUUUCAAAUUCCUUUACAAGAAGUAUUAAUAAACAAUUUGCCAAAAGGCGCAAAACACAACAUGCCGCUAAUAAGUGAGGACACAAUGCGCGAGCUGGAUGACAUUCUGAAUGAGAAUAACCCAGAUGAAAAUCGUUUGACUGCGUUUCUAAAACUAAAAACCGCUCCAAAGCAAAAGGCCACGCCACAGUACGUGCUUGGCGGCUACGAUGUGUCAUUUGAUUUAGACGUCGACUUGAUCAAACUGCCAGAAAAGCAUCAACAGCAGCAGGCUCAGCCAAAAGAAAAUGUGGAGCAUUUGGUGACAGAGUCACAGCCGCAACCCGAAUUUCCCAUUUCGCCGACUCGCGAGAAUUUACCACCGUCGCGGCGCUCCCAUAGCGUCUCGCCUGCGCACACUCGACGCUUCCAAGCGCCUCGCAGCGGAGGCGACCUGCCCGAGCCUGAUAAAUUGCGACGUAUUGCGUUGAACAGACGCUCCCAGUUGGGUGGACGGCGCGAAUUGCAGCAGGAGUUCGACAAUGCUGUAAAUGAGACUCGCAAGAUAUCGGGCACCUUGGAUUUUUUGCCCACAGUUAGUAGCACACCUGCUUCAGAGAAACCAGCAACCAGACAGUUGCCGCAGCAACAGAAGGAGCCGCAGCAAUCGCCGCAGCGUAUGCCACAGCGGUUGCCGCAGCGUUCGCCGCAGCGUUCGUCAGGAGCAGCAGCAAUAGGUGCCGCCCUUGAGCCUCAGCCGCAACAUGACCAUUUCGAAAUCAGCUUUGAGUCAAGUCUGAAGCAAAUGGACCGCAAGGCCGAGCGGCCUUCUAAGACAACAGCAGCACAGAGACCCUCGACGAACACAGCACAGAGUCUCGGGACUCCAACUAGAGUGGGAAAUCGGGGCACCUUUAUCAUAGAAACAGAGCCCGCGUCCUCAAGCAAAAGCCCAACCAUGGGACAGUUGGCAGCAAAGACUGCUCCGUCACCAGCGCGCACGGAUUCAUGCGUAGUAACACAACCUCGUGUGCGUUUGAGACGCUCACCACAGCUGCAGAAAGUAAUACGCAUAGCACAGCAAAGUGACCAGAUUGUGUCUGAAACACAAUCCCAGGAGCCACAGGUGGAGUCGCAGCCACAGUCGUUUCGAGUGCGUGUGAGACGCACAUCCGAGCUGCUGGAGUCAACACGAAUGUCACAGCAAGUCGAGCCCGACCCGGAGUAUAUUGUGCCGGAAACACAACCAAAGGAGACGUCAUCUGCGCCACCAACACCGCCAAGAUCAUCAGCAGCAGCUGCUGUUAGUUGUGGCAUACAAACCACUUGCAGUGCGGAUAAUAUUCGGGAUGAUACAAUGCUCGACGAGAGCUACGCUGAGAACACGGAUAGUACAGCGCCGCUAAACUUGGCGCCACCCGGCGGCAACACAACCAGGCUGCAGCGCCGACGUAGGCAGUCGUCCUGCCAGGAGGCGACCAUGCAGCUGCUCGAUUUGCAUCGCACGCGCACACAUCAUUUACCUGAGCAGCGCACACAGAAGAUCGCACAGGUGGCGCUCAAUAAGCCGCCGCGGCCGGCCAUCAACGGCGAAGAGUUUGCCGACGAAUUGGCACGCAUGAGCAACUUUGAAAUACUCGAUUUGCGUAAACGCAAUUCAUUGGGCCAGAUCUAUCAGCAGAGCGGGGAGCAGCAGCAGCAGCCGUCCAUUAUGGAGCAGCAGCUGGCCUUGGAGCAGAGCAUACAAAUGGAGAUAUUGCGACGUAAUCUGUCUGGUCAGGGCGAAGGUUUGCCCAGCAAAGUGACUGCACCCAGUUUGGAGCUAAACGCUUUGCCACCGCCAGCUGCAGACUCAACUGGAAUCAACAAAAGCGCAGCAGUGAGGCGUAGCUUAACGAUGCAACAGCUUAAUACUUCUACUCUGAUGGAGCCGCCGCGACUCUCGCGCUCCAGACGCCGUGGCGCACCCGUGACCACUGAGCUAUUGAAUUAUUUGGAGCUCUCGCAAGCUAUUGAGAAACGCCUCAGGUCGCGCUCCAGGACGGACACUAAGCGCAGUCUUUACACCAAGGGCAACUCGGACAUCGAGGACAAUCUGUCGCCGUUGCCGCCAAAGCAGCCAAAGCGUCUAAGCGACAGCUCUCUACAGAUCGCACCCGCACCGUCGCCACAUGCAAUCAUCCAGGAUAUACCCAUUGUGCCGCCGCCAUCAAACUCCAUACGCUACUCGCGUCAGUCGCGCAGAUCGGUUCGCUUCAGUUCUAUCAAUGUGAACGAAGAGCCGCCAGUGGAAAAUCAGGUGCAGCUGGAGACAGAUGCUGCACCAGAUCAAACACAAAGCUCUCCCGUUGGGAUUAUCGAGGAAAUACUUAUUGUACCGUCUCCGCCAGCCUCCUUAAGAUACUCGCGUCAGUCGCGCAGAUCGGUUCGCUUCAGUUCUAUCGAUGUGAACGAAGAGCCUCCGAAGGAAAACCAGGUGCAGCAGGGGGAAGGUGCCGUCGAGGAAAUACCUAUUGUACCGUCUCCACCAUCCUCCUUAAGAUACUCGCGUCAGUGUCAGAGAUAUAUGCCGGAACCACCAGAUGAAUUCUUGUGUGCGGAAGCGGAGGUGCAGCAAACACCAGAUGCAGCUACAGAAUUGGAGGAUGUACCUAUUAGGCCGCCUUCACUGGCUGCCAAACGAUGUUCGCGCAGGUCGGUUCGCCUUAAUUCUAUUGCUGUGGAUGCAGAGCCUCGGGAAGAAAUCAAUUACGCGGAGGAGGAGCAGGCGGAGGAACUGACAGGAAGCUCUCAACCUAAGAUUAUUGAGGAUAUACAAAUUGUGCCGCCUGCGCCAGCCGCUAUUCGAUACACGCGCCAGUCGCGCAGAUCUCUGUCACAGCCGUCCCAGGAGGAGCAGGAGCAGCAGCAGGAACAGGAACAGGUAGAGCAAGGCACAGAUGCACAAGGCGCAGCUGCUGAGGAGGAGAAUUUAAUGCUGCCGGUACAGCUUAACAAUAAUACAGAGGCGAGCAGCACGUGUAUGGAGGAGUUGCGCAUGGAAACGCCAACACCACCAGCUGCACCAGAGGCAUCAGACUUGGAUCUAAUUCCGUUAGAUGAACAGCCGAGCACUAGUAGAGCUGCACGCGAGGCACUCCAGCUGUCGAUCCAGGAAGAGAGCCAAAAGAGGAAUAAAUCAAAGGAUACAAGAAAACAACAGAAAUCAAAGAAGCAAAAGAAGCCAAUGGAAGAUGAUGCUCUAUUCAAAAAACCAUCUGCGCCUCCGCCCAGGAACAAUCGAAAGAACCCAUUGGACAGCGCAUUGGAGAAGCUGCGUAUUACACUCGUCAAUGAGACGUUGCCGGAGGACGCGAAUGCAACAAUCGAAAACGAUGAAACAACUGGAGUUCGCAGAUCGAAGCGUGGCCACGUUCCGCUGCGUAAUACCUGGGUGCACACGGUCAGCAAUCCUUUUAAGUUCACCUUCUUUGAGCGCUCACUCUCCACCUAUACCAAGUUCUCAAAUGAUAAGUCCAAGGCCAGAUCAGCUCAGAAUCGCACCAAUUCGUUGAUUACGAGACCGCCGCUCGGUAGCAGCACGCCGCGUGAUGACAGAAAGCUCGGGACCACAGAACGCAGUUCCGGAACGCUAAAGCGUAAACGGUAUCAGCAGCAGGAGCUACUGGACGCGGGCUUAUCCCAGCUGCCCGAAAUAACCGAAGAAGAGGAUCAGCAAAUGGAAUCGGAGAGAUCAGAUGUACGGCAAAGCAAACGCAAGGCAGAAACAAAACCAUGUGGACACCCUCAUAAGCGGUCAAAUGAUGUUUCAGAAACAGAAUCAGAAGAAGAUCCAAUGCCACGCACAGAGGAAUUCUAUGCUGCAGACGAGCCAGAGCCUGAACCAGAACCGAGAGCAGCGCCUGAUCGAGCUUCGGGGCCCAUACUUAAUGCGGCGCAAAACCAACUCUUGCAAAUGACGGAUUGGCUACGUGGUGUUGGCGAUGCGGCGCCCGAAUCCUCUGAGGCUGUGGCCAGCGUCGCGAGUGAAGAAGAGAACAAUUUAAUGCGCUACACAUCGGCGGCUAACCUGGAGUUCACGAACUUGGACGGCAUUGAAUACACGUUCUUCGGAACGGAGGACAAGUGCGCCAUGGGCUACAUGCGCUUCCAACCGCUGCAACAGCGUGGCAUGAAACGCAACAAGUCCAACACUUUGCGGUUUCUAGCGCUCUAUGGCGAGUUUGAAGUUGAGCUGGACAAUGGCUCGGCCGAGAUGCAGAGAUGCAUUUUGAAAACAGGCGAUUUGGUUGAGAUUAAAAUGGGCAGCCGCUUUAAUAUAAUCAAUCGCUUGAAUGAGAUCAGCCUGCUGAUCGUGAAUCGCAAGUGAAUAGAUAGAUGUGCAGUUUAUGUUUUCAUCAACGUAUUCACAUGCCACACACACCACACUCUUUGUGUUUUUAUUUCGACUUUUGAAUAGUUUCAAAUCUUUUGUUUUUGUCUGUGCGACAUGAUUAUGAAUAUAUUUUGUUAACGUGAACAAGAGAGCUCUUGAGCUUGUGCAUUUUA